CAUUUCUCCUCUCUCCGAAUCCUAUUAUCACGCGCUCUCUCUCUCUCUCUCUCUCUCUACACAAAGACUUCAUUGUCUCUUCUUCUCUUCCUCUAUAGAUCUUUCCCAAUGGCGUCAGCGCUGUCCAAUGGCGGCUCCAAUUCUUCACUCAUCGUCAGCUUCGGCGAGAUGCUGAUCGACUUCGUCCCCACUGUCUCCGGCGUCUCCCUCGCUGAAGCCCCUGGUUUCUUGAAAGCACCCGGCGGGGCCCCAGCCAACGUCGCUAUAGCCGUUGCUAGGCUUGGUGGGAAAGCUGCUUUCGUCGGAAAGCUCGGAGAUGACGAGUUCGGCCACAUGCUCGCUGGGAUCUUGAAACAAAACGGCGUGAUCGGUGAUGGUAUCAACUUUGACAAAGGAGCAAGGACUGCUUUGGCCUUCGUGACUCUACGCGCUGACGGGGAGCGUGAAUUUAUGUUCUACCGGAACCCUAGCGCUGAUAUGCUCUUGAAACCUGAAGAGCUCAAUCUUGAACUUAUUAGAUCUGCCAAAGUAUUCCACUAUGGAUCCAUAAGCUUAAUAGUGGAGCCAUGCAGAUCAGCACAUCUAAAGGCAAUGGAAGCAGCAAAGGAUGCAGGAGCUCUGCUAUCCUAUGACCCAAAUUUGAGACUGCCACUGUGGCCUUCGCCUGAGGAGGCUCGUGAACAGAUAAUGAGCAUUUGGGACAAGGCAGAGGUUAUCAAAGUCAGUGAUGUUGAGCUUGAGUUCAUCACUGGAAGUGACAAAAUUGAUGAUGCUGAUGCCAUGUCACUUUGGCACCCUAACUUGAAGUUGCUCUUGGUAACCCUUGGUGAGAAGGGUUGCAGAUACUAUACUAAGGAUUUCCAUGGAUCAGUGGAAGCUUUCCUUGUGAAAACUGUGGAUACAACAGGUGCUGGUGAUUCAUUUGUAGGAGCUCUAUUAUGCAAGCUUGUGGAUGAUAGAUCUAUACUUGAGGAUGAAGCAAGGUUAAGAGAAGUACUAAAGUUUGCAAAUGCAUGUGGAGCCAUUACAACUACCAAAAAAGGAGCUAUACCUGCCCUUCCUACGGAGCAAGAUGCCCUCAAUCUAAUCAACGCCUCAAAAUAGACAAAUUCCAAGAAAAAAAAAAGUUGUGCUUUUCUUUGUUUUUAAUGAUUUUUCAUUUGCCUUUUUUUUUUUUUUUUUUUGCUCUUUUUGUUUUGUUUUUCAGUUGUAAUCUUGGCUUGGUUAGGAAUGGGUUGCCAACUGGAAAUGAAGAGAGUUUUUCUCACAUUUCUCGUAAAUGUAAUGAUGAAAGACUAUUGCUUCAAGAUGUGGCUCAAUAAAAUUUUUUGAUGUUUGUCUAAA